AUGGGAUCUCUCCCAUCUACUAAGCAUCUCCGUGUUGGCGUUGAUGUCGGCGGCACAAAUACCGACGGAGUUGUGAUCGACCCGUCAAGAGUAUCGGAACCUGAUAAAGGUAUUCUGGCAUGGCACAAAGCAGCAACAACAACAAACCCUAGCGAUGGCAUUAACGAUGCUAUUACCACAAUGUUUGCUGUGGCCAACAUCAGUCCAGGUGAUGUCGCCAGCGUGACAAUUGGAACAACACACUUUAUCAACGCUGUCAUAGAACGGGAUGCCAACCGGCUCUCGAAAGUAGCUAUCAUCCGUCUGUCAGGGCCAUUCGGGAAACAUGCGCCCCCGUGCGUGGACUGGCCGAAUGAUAUGCGUGAACUUAUUCUCGGCUAUUACGCUCUUGCUAAGGGUGGCCUAGAAGUUGAUGGGUCCUUGAUCAGCGACAUUGACGAGGCUGAGAUACGAUCCUGCUGUAAGGAGAUUAAGGGUCGCGGGAUUAAGAGCAUUGUUGUAAACGGUGUCUUUAGUCCUAUCGAUACAGUUGAGCGACAGGAAGAGCGUGCAGCCAAGAUCAUCAGAGAUGAGAUCCCUGGCUGCGACGUCCUGUGCUCUAAUGAAGUUGCUAACCUGGGUUUCCUGGAAAGAGAGAACGCGGCAGUGCUCAACGCUUCAAUUCUGAGCUUUGCAAGGAAGACAAUCCGAUCUUUUCGAGAGCCAGUAAAGAAACUCGGUCUCGAAUGCCCAGUCUUUAUUACACAGAAUGACGGGACGCUUCUCUCUGGAGAGAUGGCCGCCCGCCUUCCAAUCAGAACUUUCUCCAGCGGCCCGACAAAUAGUAUGAGAGGAGCGGCUUUUCUAGUCGGAGAGGAACUCAAUGAAGCUAUCAUGGUUGUUGACAUCGGUGGUACAACUUCAGAUGUUGGUCUACUUUUAGCAAACGGAUUUCCGAGACAACAAACGGCGUAUAGCGAGCUAGCGGGAGUUCGAAUGAACUUUUCGUGCCCCGACGUCAAGAGCAUCGCACUAGGUGGUGGUUCCAUCGUUCGCAAGGGCGAUUCCAUGACCAUUGGCCCCGAUAGUGUUGGCUACAAGUUAACCAAGGAAGCCGUUGUGUUCGGUGGUCGGGUUCUCACGACGACAGACUGCACAGUGUUGUCUGAUCUGACCAUGACCGUCGGCAAUCGAGACUUGAUCAACGGGGUUUUGACAGAUGAAGAGAUGGUAAGAUUUAAGUCCAUUGUCAAACAUAAGCUAGAGAAGGUCAUCGACAUGAUGAAGACCUCUCCUGGUGAUAUUCCUGUCCUCCUUGUAGGAGGCGGAGCGAUUAUUGCACCCGAUGUACUGGAGGGUGCAAGCAAGGUUAUCAAGCCCAAGUUUGCCGAGGUUGCCAAUGCCAUUGGGGCAGCAACUGCUCGUGUAAGCGCCGUUAUUGAUACGGUGAAAUCGACAGAGUCAAAGACUACGGCACAGUUAUUGGAGGAAAUAUCUGCUGAGGUGGUUGAUAAAGCCGUGGCCGCUGGUGCUUUGCCAAAUUCUGUUACGAUCGCUGAAAUUGAAACAAUUCCCCUGCAGUAUAUCGCCAACAGGUCAAGGUUCAUCGUUCGUGCCGCAGGCGAUUUUGACUACUCUAGGACAGACUUGGCCACUAUACCUGCUACAAGUAAGGGUGAUGAAGAGGUGGAGAUGAGUGUAUACGAGCAAACAGCCAAGGCAAAGGUCGAAAAAGUAACGUCUGGUUUUCAGAGUGAAGCCGACUUACUUGCCUAUCGGCCUGAUGUUCGAGAGCGAGUCUGGUUCAUCAAUGAGACAGAUUUGGGCUGGAUCUCUACUGGCUGCUAUAUUCUCGGCACUGGAGGUGGAGGAUCUCCAUAUCCCGACAUGAUUCGCCUUCGUGAGUUGCUUCGGGCUGGCGCCGUAGUUCGGGUCGUCAAUCCCUACGAUCUUGCAGAUGAUACUUCGGUGGGCUGUGGUGGUGGAAUGGGCAGUCCAACCGUUGGUAUUGAGAAGCUACCAGGCGAUGAGAUGAUGGAGGCUCAGACUGAGCUCUACAAGAUCUGUGAGAAGGGCCCGACUCAUAUCAUCGCCCUGGAGAUUGGCGGAGGAAACGGCUUACAGGGAAUGAUUCUCGGAGCAAGCCUUAAUAUGGACAUUCCUUGUAUCGACGGCGAUUGGAUGGGCAGAGCCUACCCCGAAAAGAACCAGACAACACCCGUCGUGUUUAACGAGAGAUGUCCAAUUUGGUCUCCCAUAGCCAUGUCGGACGGAAAUGGAAACGUGGUGCUUAUUCCGAAAGCGACGUCGGACCUGCAAGUAGAGCGCGUACUACGUGCUGGCUUGAGCCAGAUGGGCUCUCAGACUGGCUGUGCAGACUCUCCCGUAACAGGCGCCGAGACAAAAAGGUGGGUUGUCCAGCAUACCAUAUCCCUCGCUUGGAGGAUUGGAAGAGCCGUGAGCAGAGCUCGAUUGACCAACCGUGUCGACAAUGUUGCGGAGACGAUUAUUCAUGAGUGUGGAGGGCCUCAAGCAGCCAAGGUCAUUUGGAAGGGCAAGAUAAUUGGCGUUGAACGAACACUCCGAAUGGGGCACGUUUAUGGAGAGUGCAUCAUCGAAGGAGCCGAUAUCGGUUAUAUCAAGAUCCCCUUUAAGAAUGAAAACAUCGCAGCGGUUAAAAUGGCAUCGAUAAAGGAUGUAUUACGAACGGAGAAGCAAGAAGAUGUUCUGGCGAUUGUUCCAGAUUUAAUAUCUGUGAUUGAUGCUCAGAGUGGCGAGGCUAUCGGAACACCGGAAUAUAAAUACGGCUUGCUUGUUAUUGUUCUUGGAAUAGCAGCCAGCGACAAAUGGACCGGCACCCAGAGAGGUAUUGAUAUCGGUGGACCGAAGGGCCUGGGCAUGCCACAUCUAGAGUAUGAACCCCUUGGAAGGUUUGUUGCGCCGUCACGAGGUUAUGAAGAUUAUGGCACAGCCCAACAUGAGCACGGCCCAGAAUGUCCACUCUAUGAGUCAAUGGUCCCUCUUCUCAAGCACGAAGUCUCGCUGGUCUACAUCUUCUUGGCAGAGCACGUCAUAGCUAACGUGAGCAGCUUUUAUUGUGAAAGCGACUUGGCCGGUGGCAAAGCUGUCGUCGUUCUGCUGUUGUUUGCACCCUCCCGAUUAACUCUCUUGGCGGCCACAUCCAAUUCCCGUGUGUCAUUUGAUCAACCUCUUAUGAAUACCUUGGGCACCUUAGUUCCCUCGUUUAUUCUUCCGCUGGCUUCAGCUUUGAACUGGACAUAUUUUUUACCUCUGGUUACUCGAACGAUGCAGAUUCCCACGCUUCCGCUUAAAGAUGGCCAUGCUAUCCCCAAGCUUGGAUUCGGCACUGGGACCGCUUGGUACAAGGACAGCCCAGAAGAUCCUCUGAGCCCUCAGCUCGUUGAACUGCUGGAAGCUGCCCUUCUACAAGGCUAUGUACAUAUCGACACUGCAGACUCAUACGGAACUGAGCGAGAAGUUGGCCUAGCAAUACAGAAAAGCGGCAUUUCACGAGAGAAGCUCUUCAUCACUACCAAGGUUCAAGAUGGAUGGGAAAAUGUUCCGGCAGCUUUGGACGCCAGCCUUGAGAAACUUGGGUUGGAAUACGUGGAUUUGUACCUUUUGCACAACCCGUACAUAAUCGGCUCUAACGAAGGUAUACAAGCAGCAUGGAAGGGACUCGAGAUCGUCAAGGCGCAAGGAAAAGCCAAUCUAUUGGCAUUUCCAACUUCCAAAGGCAUCAUAUCGAAGCCCUUCUCGAGACAUGCACUGUCAAACCGGCCAUUAAUCAGUUAG